AUGUGUCUCGAAGGCUCGGACUGUGAAAGGGAUGCGAGCUGCGAUGAAUGCUCCGGCGUGGCUUGCACUAGAAUCACAUCUUUCAACCUCGAGGACAAUCGGGAAGUAGCGCUUACUUGCAUUCCAUACGAUACGAGGACGUUUGGAAGAGCGCAUCUCGAAGAGUCCGGAUGUCGACGAGUUGGUGAUCGUCAAAUCUGUUGCAAGGUACCACAUCCUGAACCGCGUUCAGCACGAAUUGUGGCCAACAGUCUACCCUUUAGCUUUUCACAAAGCAUAGUUGUGGAUGAUGCUUGA